GGAGAAUUUGGAGGGUACCAAGGACUUCAGGCCGCGGCGGAGCACCGGAGCCGGCAGCGAACAGCCGUGUAAUUUACCAUCUUGCCACUCGCCGGAGGCAGACUCUCCCUCGGCCACCGCUAUUUCGAACUCUUCGAAAUGCUUGGAAUGUUGUAAUUCAAGUGAGCAAAUCUCAUGCAGGAAUGAAGACGAGGAUCGUUUUGAGGAAGCUUUAUGAUUACAUUCGGUAUGAUCUGAAAGAAAUUGCGUUUCCUUCGUCGUUGCCGGAUCCUCCGCAUGUAAAGAAGCGGAGAAAGCUUACAUGGCAUGAACGAUUCUUGGUGUUGAAGGAGGCUUCCAGGUUAUAUGCUGCAAGCUGGGUCCGGGACAUUGGUCCUGACCUGCGACCAAAUGACUAUAAGGUGGAAGAAAGUGAAAACAAAACUAAUGCAGCAAAAAGUGCAUCUAAAGAGAAAGAACCUUCAACACUGGAAGAUCUUGCUGUGGCUGCAAGAGGAGGAAUGGAGACGUUAAAGCCAGCUUUGCAGCGGGUGUAUAUGACUAGAGCUUCUGCAUAUAGAGACGCUCUAAAAAAUUUUAUAGAUGGGUAUCAAGAAGGUGUUCAGCAAGUCAUGGAGAAAAAGGAAGCUUCUGAUUCUCAAAAGGGAAGCGAUAAAAUCAAAUAAAUAUUUCCCACUCAUCAGAUUUAUGUUUUAUGUUAAAAGUCAGAACUGUGCUAAACAAGUUUGGAUUAGACUGUUAAAUUUGCAGUUGUAAAAGUUGGUUGAGUUUAGAUUUUUAGUUUCAUUUCAGAGGUGCAGUUUGAAAAAUACAGUUUUGAGCAUCCUCGCAWAUAUAUACAAUCUUGAGAAAGGAUAGCAAAUUCUUCCUCUGUGUACUAGAGAACUAGUUGUAUGACUCCUAUGCUUACUUUCCUCUUCUAAUGUUUGUUAUCCUACAGUUCUUAGUGACUGUAGUAUUUGCUAACAAGAACGCCUAUGGAAAUAUUAGUAUCGAGGAAGCUACUAUUGAUUGCUAAAUAAACCAUUCAGUAGUUCUUUUCUUGUUUCUUUCUAUAAGGUCUUCCUUUGGGGCUCCAAGGCUUUUUAUCUUUGUUUUUUCCGGAAAUUGGAUUUUCGAUUCAAAUUUACCCCCUGAGAAAAUGCGUGAAAKUAGCAAGAUCCCAGCAAAAUAACUUCUGCUUUCUGUUAGGUCCGGUUAACCAGUUGUCUCAAGUUGGAUAAUUUUUCCUCAACACUGCAGAUCUGAAUUGUGCAUUGCUGCUAGCCCCUGCAUUCACGUUAAGAUCACUCUGGCUUUUCAAUCAUGUCAUGAGUGGCAGAGUUAGGUCAUAAGAUGCUGUGGAAAUGCUCGAGUACACUUUAUUGUGGUGAGGGGGAAGGCUGAAAAUGACUGGCAUUACAGGGAUUGAAGGGCCCAUUUUUUCGGAAUUGGGUUCUUGCUACUAGCAUGAGCCCCCAAUGUUCAAGCUACAGUUUGACUUUUACCAGAGAAGCCUGAAUUGUUGAAAACUAAUGAGGUUGCACACAUAUCUGGGGACCCUCCACUUUCAGAGACACUGAUGAAGAUUGGAAAAUCAUCAACCAGGGAGGUUUCUUCCUUAAGUUAAUGGCUCAGACACUGCAAACUUUCUCAAACGAUAUAGCCGUGCAGUAAAUGGCCAGGACUCGGGAGGAUUUGAAGGUUCACUUAUGAAUUGAAUGCAAGGGCAGACAUGGCAUGGCAACCACGGAAAUUAGCAUCCUCUUCAGAAGCAGAUCAGAUCAGAUCAGAUAAGAUGAAUUCACAGGAAAAGUUGAAAAGGACACGACAAUUGAGAAGUAAAUCUUUAUAUAAAUGAGGUUUCUAAGAAGAGAAGGUUUUGAAUUGUGGAAGUGAUUUCUGAGACAGAGUGUGACCUCAAAUUUUCAGAGGUUUGGUUUAUUUGUGCAGAGUUUUUGGUCCGAUAUCAUUUCCCUCUUGCUGUCCAAGUACGAUGUCCCCCUUACAAUCUGGAAAACCUACCAUUUUCUCUUUCUUUCCAUUUUCUUUUUUCUUUUUCCCUUUUUCCCUUGAGAGAAAAAAAAUAAUAAUAACCCAUCUAAAUCAGUACCAUUUUCUUUUCCUUGUCAUAUUUUCCCUGAAUGAAUAUGAGCAGAAAUUUUGUGGGAUUUUGUAGACAAGUGUUCUAAGUAGCAAGCACACUUUGAAUUGGGUGUCAGAUUUAAGUGUAGAGACCAAAAUGGAAUGAUUAAAAAAAUUGUAUGAUUGAAGUGUAAAGAUGUAAUGUAUAAUGCAACAAUACCAGUUUGAUCA